CAACACAACCUUCUUUUUCCACGAACGGCUUUGGUUUCUUCGUCUUGAGUAGGAAUCAUCUUCGACAUAGUAUCGCGCCUCAUCCCGGCGUACUCAACAAACAAUACCUAAUCCUCCUCCCGCUCUUGAUCUUGAAGAUCGACAGCUUGCAUCAUGAGCGCCGAACCGGACCAUGUCGAGCACAAGAAGAAGGUGAACUUGAACGAUGCUUCAGGUGCCGAGCACAAGGCACAAGAUGACACGGCGACAGCCAUCCUGAAGAAGAAGAAGAAGCCUAAUUCUUUGAUGGUCACUGAUGCCGUUAACGAUGAUAACUCCGUCAUUGCGCUCUCCAACAAUACCAUGGAGACGUUACAACUUUUCCGUGGCGAUACUGUCUUGGUAAAGGGCAAGAAGCGCAAGGAUACUGUUCUUAUUGUCCUGGCGGAUGAUGAAUUGGAUGAUGGGAGUGCACGCAUGAAUCGUGUUGUUAGACAUAACCUGCGCGUCAAGCACGGUGAUAUCGUCACUGUUCACCCGUGCCCAGACAUCAAAUAUGCCAAGCGCAUUGCAGUUCUCCCCAUUGCCGAUACCGUCGAGGGCCUUACUGGCUCACUUUUCGAUGUCUUCCUCGCCCCAUACUUCCGCGAAGCUUACCGACCGGUCCGACAAGGCGAUCUCUUCACAGUUCGUGGUGGUAUGAGACAAGUGGAGUUCAAGGUUGUGGAAGUCGAUCCUCCGGAGUACGGAAUUGUAGCCCAAGAUACUGUCAUCCACUGCGAAGGAGAGCCCAUCCAACGUGAGGAUGAGGAGGGCAACCUGAACGAAGUUGGGUACGACGAUAUUGGAGGUUGCAGAAAGCAGAUGGCCCAAAUCCGUGAAAUGGUUGAACUGCCACUUCGUCACCCCCAGCUUUUCAAGUCCAUCGGUAUCAAGCCUCCCCGUGGUGUUCUCAUGUUUGGUCCUCCUGGUACGGGUAAGACCCUCAUGGCUCGAGCUGUAGCCAACGAGACCGGUGCAUUCUUCUUCCUGAUCAACGGUCCCGAGAUCAUGUCCAAGAUGGCUGGUGAGUCUGAGUCGAAUCUCCGAAAGGCAUUUGAAGAGGCCGAAAAGAACUCCCCCGCCAUUAUCUUCAUCGACGAGAUCGAUUCGAUUGCCCCAAAGCGAGACAAGACCAACGGAGAAGUCGAGCGUCGUGUCGUUUCCCAGUUGCUCACUUUGAUGGAUGGUAUGAAGGCCCGAUCCAACGUUGUGGUUAUGGCUGCAACCAACAGACCUAACUCCAUCGAUCCCGCUCUCCGUCGUUUUGGUCGUUUCGAUCGUGAGGUUGAUAUUGGUAUUCCUGACCCAACUGGCCGUCUCGAAAUCCUGCAAAUUCACACCAAGAACAUGAAGUUGGGUGACGAUGUUGAUCUCGAGCAAAUCGCCUCCGAGACCCACGGUUAUGUUGGUUCUGAUAUUGCCUCCCUCUGCUCAGAAGCUGCUAUGCAGCAAAUUCGUGAGAAGAUGGAUCUUAUUGAUCUCGAUGAGGACACCAUCGACGCUGAGGUUCUUGACUCUUUGGGAGUUACGAUGGAGAAUUUCAGAUUUGCUCUCGGUGUUUCCAACCCAUCUGCUCUUCGCGAGGUCGCAGUUGUGGAGGUUCCCAACGUCCGCUGGGACGAUAUUGGAGGUCUCGAGGACGUCAAGCGCGAGCUUAUCGAGAGCGUUCAGUACCCCGUCGAUCACCCCGAAAAAUUCCUCAAGUUUGGUCUUUCUCCAUCUCGUGGUGUCCUCUUCUAUGGCCCACCGGGUACCGGUAAGACACUACUUGCCAAGGCCGUUGCCAACGAAUGUUCUGCAAACUUCAUUUCGGUCAAGGGUCCUGAGUUGCUGAGCAUGUGGUUUGGUGAGUCUGAGAGUAACAUUCGUGAUAUUUUCGACAAGGCCAGAGCUGCUGCCCCUUGCGUUGUCUUCUUGGAUGAGUUGGACUCUAUCGCCAAGUCACGUGGUGGAUCCGUCGGUGAUGCUGGUGGAGCUUCUGACCGUGUCGUCAAUCAACUUUUGACUGAAAUGGACGGUAUGACCUCGAAGAAGAACGUCUUCGUCAUCGGUGCCACCAAUAGACCUGAGCAACUUGACAAUGCUCUUUGCAGACCAGGUCGUCUUGACACUCUCGUCUACGUUCCUCUGCCCAACGAGUCAUCUCGCGCUGGUAUUCUUAAGGCUCAACUUAGAAAGACUCCAGUUGCACCGGAUGUCGACCUUGCAUAUAUCGCCUCUCGCACACAUGGUUUCUCUGGUGCCGAUUUGGGAUUCAUCACUCAGCGUGCUGUCAAGCUUGCUAUCAAGGAGGCCAUCUCUUUGGAUAUUGAGCGUCGCAAGGCUCGCGAGGAGGCUGGUGAGGAUGUUGAUAUGGAAGAUGAUGACGCUGAGGACCCAGUUCCCCAAUUGACAAAGGCUCACUUUGAGGAGGCCAUGUCUUCGGCUCGACGAUCUGUUUCCGACGUUGAAAUCCGCCGAUAUGAAGCUUUUGCUCAAAGCAUGAAGCAAGCCGGACCAGGUGCUUUCUUUAAGUUCCCUGAGGCUGGUGAGGCUGCUGCGAAUGCUGAUAGCGGUGCUGGUGGAUUUGGAGAGGCGGGUAAUGAUGACAGUCUCUACGACUAAAAAGUCACAUAUCACCAUGUAUUUUACGUUUCCUAUUCACGCAUGCAUGGAAAUGGUUGG